AUGAUCAAGAAGCGAUACGGCGGCGUCCCUCAGGCAAAGCACCAAAUUGUCCGCGAAUUGGCAGACAAGAUCCCGUGGCAUGAAACAGAGGCUGCGAAAGUACUGAGCAACGAACCCGGGACGAUCAGGCUUAAUGUUCAAGACGGCUUCGUACGAGUAUUUUCCCCUGCGGCUGCCCCGAAGUAUCCGGGCAAGACAACUAUUCAAGCCCCGUCGCAAAAUGCCUCUUCGGCUUCGGCUUCUCCUACAGUGUCAGAGGAGAAACCGCGUCAGACGGAGCAGACCCGGGCCGAGCCAAGCCACUCUGUAGACUCGGAAGGCGACAAGCCCCGUCCUGAGCCGAAGAAACGGCCUCGGACCAAGAAUUCAUGGCUUAGCCAACUCUGGCCGUGGGUCGAGGUGGCAAGGGAGGCUGCCUUCUUUUUCAUGAAGGCCCGAAAGGCGGGGGGAGACAACCGCGGGAAUGCGGGAGGGAAUGGCGAGAAGAGCAAAGACUGGUCUGAUGUUUGGGGACUUUUCCAGAAAUGGUGGUCGGGACCCCCCAAGACGGCCUGGGCCGUGACCAGCGAGCCAAGCUGGAAUACAGAUUGA